CCCGAGAGUCUCUCACUCGUUCGCCUCUCACCUUUAUCCUCACCGCCCUGAACCCUAACUCAGGGCAAAAUACUAGCAAUUGACAGUAUGGGAGACUCGUCGAGGGAGGAAUUUAGCGAUACGCUUCGAAUACUUGUUGCCACGGAUUGCCAUCUGGGCUAUUUGGAGAAGGAUGAAGUGCGGCGGCAUGAUUCAUUCCAGGCAUUCAAUGAGAUAUGCUCAAUAGCGGAACAAAAGAAUGUGGAUUUUGUGCUCCUUGGUGGUGACCUUUUCCAUGAAAAUAAACCUUCAAGGUCAACACUAGUUAAGGCCAUUGAGAUUCUACGGCAACAUUGCCUCAGUGAUCAGCCAGUGCAGUUUCAAGUUGUUAGUGAUCAGACUGUGAAUUUUGCAAAUAUGUUCGGUCAUGUAAAUUACGAAGAUCCUCACUUCAAUGUUGGCUUGCCCGUCUUUAGUAUUCAUGGAAAUCAUGAUGAUCCUGCUGGAGUGGAUAAUCUUUCUGCUGUUGAUAUCCUCUCGGCUUGCAAUCUUGUAAACUAUUUUGGGAAAAUGGUUCUUGGGGGAUCUGGUGUUGGUCAGAUAAGUCUGUCCCCUAUUCUUAUCAGAAAGGGUGCAACAUCAGUAGCUCUGUAUGGUCUUGGAAACAUUAGAGAUGAACGACUCAAUAGAAUGUUUCAGACCCCCCAUGCUGUACAAUGGAUAAGACCUGAAAGCCAAGAAGGAUUGCAACUGUCAGACUGGUUCAACAUCCUUGUGCUUCAUCAGAACAGAGUGAAGGCAAACCCAAAAAAUGCUAUAAAUGAGCACAUGUUACCAGAAUUCCUGGAUUUCAUAGUGUGGGGACACGAACAUGAAUGCCUUGUUGACCCUCAGGAGGUUCUCGGGAAGGGGUUUCACAUUACACAACCUGGUUCUUCAGUUGCAACAUCAUUGAUUGAUGGAGAAUCGAAGCCAAAACAUGUGCUUCUUUUGGAAAUUAAGGGGAAUCAAUACCGACCAACCAAGAUUCCUUUGACGUCAGUGAGGCCUUUUGAGUACACCGAGGUCGUAUUAAAGGAUGAACCUGAGAUUGAUCCCAAUGAUCAAAAUUCUAUUCUUGAGCGGUUAGACGAAGUGGUCAGAAGGCUGAUAGAUAAAUCUAGGAGCAAUGCUGGUAACAGAUCAGAGGUCAAACUUCCAUUAGUUCGGAUAAAGGUAGACUAUUCUGGUUUUAUGACAAUAAAUCCUCAAAAAUUUGGACAAAAGUAUGUUGGGAAGGUUGCAAACCCGCAAGACAUUCUUAUAUUUACAAAGGCUUCAAAAAAGGGUCGGAGCGAAGGUAAAUUUGAUGAUUCUGAACGGCUUCGCCCUGAAGAAUUAAAUCAACAAAACAUAGAGGCUCUAGUUGCUGAAAAUAAUCUGAAAAUGGAGAUCCUUCCUGUCAAUGAUUUGGAUGUUGCCCUACACGAAUUUGUUAAUAAAGAUGAUAAAAAUGCUUUCCAUUCCUGCGUGUUGUACAAUCUUCAAGAAACUCGAAACAAAAUUGCCAUGGAUUCAGAUCCUCUGAAAUUUGAAGAAGAAGAUUUGAUCCUUAAAGUUGGAGAGUGCUUGGAGGAGCGCCAGAAGGAAAGGUCUACACUGCCCAAGGAUAGUUCUAGAUUCACCUCCACAGCUUCAUCCCUGGAGGGUUUCAGAGGUAAAAGUGCGGCAGGACUUGGAAGUGCAGUUUCCUUCAGUGAUGACGAAGACACAACCCAGAUGACUGGCUCAAAGUCUACUGGCAGAGGACGCAGGGCUUCUGCCAAGCCAUCUUCAUCAGAAGUUGGUAAGGGUAAAACUUCUAUGAGAGGAAGGGGUAGGGGCAGAGGCAGAGGAUCCACUAACUUGAAGCAGACUACUCUUGAUGCAGCUCUUGGGAUUCGCCAUUCUCAGAGAUCUGCAUCAGCUUCUGCAAGUGCUGCAGUCCGCAGUAUUGCCGAUGACGACGAUGUCGAUGAUGUGAAUUCUCAUUCGAGUGAAGAAGCCAUCAAUGAGGUCGAUAACAGUUCGGAAAAUGAGGAAAGUGUUCAAGGUAGAGGACGUAAGAGGGCUGCUCCAAGGGGAAGAGGUAGAGGUUCUACACAAUCAAAGCGUGGAAAGAAAACGGACAGUGUGCCUAUUUACAGAAUGCUGAUGAACCAAAAUGAUGAUGAUGACGACGACGACGAUGUGACAAAAAGAUUUAAUAAGCCUCCACCCCGGGUCACAAGAAAUUACGGGGCUUUAAGAAGGGGUAAUUAGCAAUCAUUAAACCUGUGUACCUCACCUAUGCAAGGUAAGGCCACCCUGAUUUAUCGUUCUUGCCUUGUGAACCAAUUUGGAGCAUAAGGGGUAGGAGUUCUAUCUUGUCCACAGCUGGAACAAGAUGAUCCUUACAUAGAAGCCUACACCAGAAGUCGAUGUUCAAACUGUGUGGACAAGUUGAUCCUGUUGUUUACAAGAGAAUGUCUCCGACCAAAACAGUGUACAUGAGUAGGUUGAAGUGGUUUUGCCAAUUUUGAAUGGGAUUUCAGAAACUUAUACAUGGCCAAUCUUGAACUUCUGGUGCGGAAACGGAGUACUAUAUCCCAGAGAAUUU